GGCGUAAGAAGAAAGUAAAGCAAAGCAAAGCAAAGCCAGAGAGAGAAACAGCUCUAUAUAUUGAAGCUCAAACUAAAGCUUAUGUUGAAGGCAAUGGAUUAAUGGUCAAAUUCAUAACUUUGAUCCAAUUUUAUCAUAAAGCUUUGCCCUUUUCACUUCAUUUUGUCUUUAUUUUGUGAGUGAUAUGCGUGGGGAGGAUCAAGAACAGGAUCAUCAUCAUCAACAUCAAGGGGAGUGUUCACAAACAAUUGAGAAUAUGUUUCAAGAACAGCUUCUUCUUCACCAACAACUACAAAACAACACCACCGAUCAUAUUAUCUAUGGAGAUCAUCACCAUCAUGGAGCUGGAAGAGGGUUGAUUUUCCCGGCCGACGUCGUGUCGCCGGUUCUAAACUCGUGGCCUCCGCUCAACCCAUUUCUCAUUCCUCCUCCACCUCCGCCUCCGCCACCGACAUCGUUAUGUUCGUCGUCGUCGUAUGGUAAUCUUUUUAACCGGAGACCGGCUAAUUGUCUUCAAUUUGCUUAUGAUGGAACUUCCUCAGCGGACCACUUGGGUCGAAUCAUAUCAACCACGCUUGGACCAGUGGUUCAUCAUGGCUCAACUGCUCCCUUUGGAUUACAAGCUGAGCUUGGCAAAAUGAGUGCUCAAGAAAUAAUGGAUGCCAAAGCUCUUGCAGCUUCUAAAAGCCAUAGUGAAGCGGAGAGAAGAAGAAGAGAAAGAAUCAAUAAUCAUCUUGCUAAGCUCCGGAGCUUACUUCCUAGUACCACUAAAACAGACAAAGCUUCACUACUAGCAGAAGUAAUACAACACGUGAAAGAGCUAAAACGGCAAACAUCAUUGAUAGCAGAAACAAGUCCAAUCCCAACAGACAUCGACGAGCUAACAGUGGACGAUGCCUCAGACGAGAUGAUGAUCAACGGCGCCAAAUUUGUAAUAAAAGCUUCUCUUUGCUGUGAGGACCGUUCAGAUCUCCUCCCUGACCUCAUCAAAACACUGAAAUCCUUGCGCUUAAGAACCCUCAAAGCUGAAAUCACAACCCUUGGUGGGCGCGUGAGAAAUGUGCUGUUUGUUACCGGUGAAGACGACGAGCCAUCAACUGACCAUAAUAACAACGAUAAUAACAAUAAUAAUAAUAAUCCCAAUUCAGACAGCCAACAACAACAACAACAACAUAGUAUCAGCUCAAUUCAAGAAGCAUUGAAGGCUGUGAUGGAAAAAACAGGACCGGAUGAUUCUUCGUCAGGAAACAUUAAACGACAAAGAACAAAUAACAUCAAUAUCCUUUAAGGUUUCUUCAUGUUUUUUUUUUUUUUUUUAAUGAACUGAAAAUUUACAUAUCACUGAAAUUUCCACCAUUUUAGAGGGAUCUUUUUCAUGGGGUUCGGAAAAAAAGUGAUCUUUUGGGUAAGAGGGGCUUUUCCCGAGUUGAUAGCUAUACGUAACGGACCAAAACAGAGGACAGACGAUGAUUUAUGGUGUGAGAAAAGUAUUGAAGUUUUGUUUUUUAUGAUUUGGGUAAGAGGGGCUUUUCCCAGAGAUGAGAGCGAUACGUAACGGGCCAAAACGGAGGACAGACAAUGAUUUAUGGUGUGAGAAAAGCAUUGAAGUUUUGUUUUUUAUAAUUUGGGUAAAAUGGGCUUUUCCCAAAGUUCAUAGCGAUACAUAAUAGGCCAAAACGGAGCACAGACGAUAUCUAUCUAUGGUGUGAGAAAAGUAUUGAAGUUUUAUUUUUUAUGAUUUGGGUAAGAGGGGCUUUUCCCAGAGUUGCAGUGAAGGUAAAGAAAAGCCCUAAUGAGGCAUGCAUGUGGUGCAGUUGUGUCCCCUUUGAUAUUGCAAAGUGAUGCAACAAAAAGAACUGAUUUUUUUUUUUGGAUAUGAAGAUCUGUCUUGAUUUUAUGUAUUAUUUUGUCUUUGACCCAUCUUGGGAUUUGCCUUGAAAUCAUCU